CCUGCUGCAUUACUCAUAUAACUAAGGCACCAUUCCCUCUUCUCAUCCUCAUUAACUAUCCAGACUCAGGAAUUAAGCAAGAUAAACCGAUUAAAAAAAUGAGUAGUAAAAAUAUCUCAGGGCGCCGUGAAAUAAUGGCCCGUGAUGCUGACGGACUGAAAAACUUUUGGGAGAAGAAAAUUGAAAAGCAAACAGCUGCACAUGAGUAUGAAGAUACCAGAAGGAGCAAAAGUGCACUUUCAAAACUCCGAGAAGAGUGGAGACAAAGGCUGGAAAGCAGAGUUAAAAUGUUGCAAUCUCUUCAGGAGGAACAGAAGAAACAACUCUAUCCAUCAACGGAGGACUCUAUCCAGCACAGACCCAACACUGCAGCAUGAAACCUCAGAUAUCAUGUGCUCUACACAUGUAAAUGAUGUUUGCCAAACUCUUUAUGUACUUCACUCACAAACUAGUUCAUAAUCUAUUUGAAUCACGCGUAGACAAUUUUUGCAGAAGGUAAUUAAUUGACUUUGGAUAGAAUGUAGUACUUAAAUUCCCCUAUUUAUAUAUAUUUUGUUAUUGUUUGUUAAAUCCUAUUCAGAUUUCUAAUCCCGCCACCUAUCAAACACAAAUAAACCCCAUGUUUAGGGACUGAAUAAAUUAUAAAUCUGAUUUCCUUCAGCAUGCAUAUUUAUAAGGUGUGCUAUGUCCACUUUGUCAUUAACAACCAAAUUAAGUAAAUCCAAAGUGUGUUGAUAAAUUAUUUUUUUUACGCAGUAAAUGUUUUCUACAGCCAGAAGAGAAUAUCAGAAAAUGAAGAGUGAUGCCUUGGGCCCUUUUUUUCUUAGCAUCUCCAAAAAGCUAUUGUUUUCUGUCUGUGCUAAUUCUUCUGUGGCACAGAGGAGCUCUGGUUGUUGUAUGAAAAUUCUGAACAUGCACAAAGUCUUGGGCGGCUGGAGUUGUCAUUUCUUAAAUUGCUAUGUUAACAGUUAACAAUGUAUAUAUUUCAAAUGUGAUGAAAAUAGCAGGGAUUGCUUGCAAUGUAAUAUUCUGUGCCCAAAGCGGCAAGCAUCAAAAAAGAUUUUGUCAUUUGUUUAGAUUCCGAUGUACAUAUUUGUACACAAACUGAACGAGGAAAAAAGCAAAUCAAGAAAACAGAGCAGUUUACAUAGUAAUGUAAAACAUAACAAACUGCAAUAUCAGCACAAUUGUAAUGAUUUAAACCCAUCACAAUCAUAAACCAGUUAGGAUGGCUAAUAGCCCUAAAUUCCAUUAACAUAUUAAUAAAAGAUGUUCGUCUACUUUAGCAUGAGUUGUAAUAUGUCAUGUUCAAGCAGUGAGGCUACAUUUGAGUCCACACAAAUCAAGAUUUCAUGAAUAUCUGCUAAGUGGAAAUUGAAGAUUGCAAAUAUAAUGUAACAGCUUUUUCUUGCUUUUAAAUAAUAAAAGCCAACUAAAGUUACCUAAAGGGUAACCUGGUUCUGUGUACAGGGCAUUGUGGGGGUCAUUUGUUGGGUGGUAUGCUUGCCUUCUACUUCUACCCUGCUCUGUUAACACUUUGGACUUGUAUUGCAAUAUAGGGAUUUAAAAAGAA